AUGCCCAGCACAAACAACGGCACCACCUCAGCGAUCACCAUCAAUACCUUCACUACCCUCAUCACGACAAGGACGAAUUUGGACCUCAGCCGCACACAGAGCUCGGUUAUCGCGGCCCUGACGCUGAUGUUGGCCAGCCCCGGGGGGAUGCAAUCACAGCGGCAACGACGUCAGCAACUGACGUUAGGGGUACCACGCCAGGUAUCAGGAGGGCGGAUAGAGGCCGGUCUUCGACGCACGCGCACCCCGCGACUGACGCACCCCCGGCACGAGGCGUUGCUACAGCGACUGCUGGAACGUUUCGAGGCCUUCCGAUCAGCUGGUAGAGCUGCGACGGCGGAGGUGGCGCCGCUGCCAGGACGUGCUUCCGACUGUACGGCGCUCGACUUGUCCAACAUGGCACUAGGAAUGGCUAAGUCAGGCGUUACGUCGCCAGUGUUGUGGGAGGGUCUGACGGAGGCCGCCGCUGCCAGGCGCCUGCGAGACUUUGGCACUCAGGAGACCGCCAACCUCGCCUGGUGCUUGGCGCAGGCACACCGGGACUUCUGCCGACGGGAAGCAGCGGCGGUGUGCGGCAGCGACGUGGCAGGCGGUUGUCGUACGUCGGCAGUGGCAAACACUGCAGCAGCAGACCACCAUUACGGCAUUGUUGGCGUCGUCGAAGGCGUGGAUGCCCAGUGCCGGGUUUUCGUGCCAUGGCCGGGGGCCCCCUCGUCGCCGCCGCCGCCAAGCGCCGCGCGGGCGCUGCAUCCUGCGUGGCUGCCCUGGGCAGGUGCCUUUGUGGAGGCCGUGCUGGCUCCGAGGAUUCGGUGCAUGUUGCGCUUCUACACCAAUCAGCAGGCUGCGAAUGCGGCGUGGGCGCUAGCGGCAUUGGGCCAUGCGGAUUGUCGCACGCUAGACGCAGUGGCGGCGGUGGCGGAAGCAUCGGCGGCGACUGCCGUGCCGCUGGCCGCCCCGCAGCCGCAGCCGCCAACAUCACCAGCCUCGCGGUCGUCUACUGCCAUCCACCCUAAGGCCCUUGUCGCGCUAACACGGGUCGCAUGCGCCCAAACAGAUCGCUUCAGUGCACAAGGCCUGUCAAACCUCAUGUGGGGUUUGGGCGUGUUGGGGUUUCGGAGCCCCCGGGAGCUACGGCACCUAGCGGCGCGGGAGGCGCUGCUGCGGCUGCCGGAGCUACAGCCGCUGGGUUUGGCGACGCUGUUGGAGGAUUGGGCCCGUGCUCGGCGCUACCACCCAGCGCUGUUUGCCACUGCGGCGCAGCUGGCGGUGACGCAGCUGCAGAAUCGCGAUAAUAUGGACGGCGGAGGUGGAGGCUUUUUCCAGCCGCGUACGCUGGCGCGCCUGCUGCGCGCGUGCGGAGCCGUAGGUCAUGCAAAUCGGCGGUUGUUCCUUGCAGCAGCGGAGGUGCUGGCGCCAGCGCAAGCCAACGCCGGUGUACGGCAGCGGCGCGUGGGUGGGUCGGCAGCAGCACCGUUGGACGAGUUGAGCCCGGGGGAGUUGUACCAGCUCGCCGUCGCGUACGGCAGGGUGGGAGUGCACGCCCCGCGGCUAAUGGAUGAGCUCCUGGCGCGCCUUGCACCCGUACUGCAGGCAGCGGAAGAGGACCCCCACGGCAAUUCGCCGCCGCUGUUGCCCCGCAGCGCAGGCCGGCUGCUAUGCGCUUUGGCGGUCCUGGAGCAUCGGCCCGCUGCCCUGACGGCGUGGCGGUUGUUGAAUGGCGAGACGAACUCCAGCGCAGAUAAUAACGGCGGUGCCACCGCCGCGGCCGCGGCCGCGGCGGCGGCGGCGGUGACCUUCCGUAAAUUGGGCCGGUCAGUCCUUACCGGGCUGAGCCUCAUGACGUCCCGUCAGGCACUGACGGCUGUGUGGGCACUCGUACGGCUGCGUGCUGCCGGCGCGCCGGCGGUGAUGCGGCUUGUGUACCUACUCGUCAGGCGUGCCGCGCCGUCAGCGGAUGGCCUAGCCGCCGGGUUGGUCGCUGUCGCCAGAACCCCCUCCGUGUCGGGAAACCCGCAGACGAUGGCGCGGUUCGUGUGGGUGCUAGGCCGCGGCGCCACGGCGGCGGCGGCGGACGCGCAGCGCCAUCGGCGCACCUCCGUGUCUGUCGACCGCGUCGACGGCUGCAGGGACGCCGCCGAUGCAGGUGCCCCGGCGAUGGCGGCGGCGGCGAGCGUCGAUACCGAGGACGCCGAAGACGCGGAGGCCCGUGGCGUUACUGCGGUGUUUGUGGCGCUGAGUCAGGGACUGUUAGCCGUAGCAGAGGUCCUCUUGGCGGCUGGGCAGCAGGGAGACGGAGAGGGGGCAGAGGAGGGGCCCCCGCCGGCGGGUGGAGAGGCGCUAGUGGCGCUGGCAGAGGCCCUGGCAGGGGUACUGGUGGUGGCUCAGGCGCCAACCACCGUCGGCGGCGGCGCCAAUGGCAGCAGCACACAGCCAGCAAUGCCUCAGUGGCUGUACGACGAGCUUCGCCUCUGCUUCGUAGCUGUUGCCGACACGGCACUGCGCAGCUGCAGCGGCGCUGCGGGGCCACGGCCCAGUCGGCUUGCGGCCCGCGACCUAGCAGCUCUCGUGCAUGCGCUGUAUGACAGCGGGGCGGCGGCGGGGCGGCCGGACAUGCGUGUGGCUGCGGCUCGGCAGGUGCUGUACAGGCUGCAGGCCGCGGUGCCGUCGGCCAACGGCGCGGCUUCCGCUGCUGGAUCGGAAGCGACAUCACCCACACCCCACGGCGGCGGGGAUCGCUACACGCAACGACAACCCCGCCGGUUCUCUCAACCUCCUCGUAAUCACCGUCGCCUAGAGCAGCAGCGGCCGCGGCAGCGAGGGCCAGCUCUCAAGCUGCCGCCGCCGCCACCGCGGCUGUCGCCUGAUGACUUGGCGCGUCUGCUGGCGGCGGCGGCCCGAUUGGAGCUCUUUGAGCAUCCACUGGCACAGCCUCUGUUGGCGGAGGCCGUACACACGCUGAUGCGGUCGACGCCGGCCGCCGCGGCUGGUGCCGACGACGGCGGCGCCGCCAGCUAUGAACACGUGACUGCAAUGGCGGCGGCGGCGGCGGGGCCCCUUGGGUAUCCCGCGGGACUUGCUGCACUGCAAGAGCUUGUACGACACUGCCGCUGCCAGUACGACGACGUUGAGGCAGAUGGGGAGGGUCGUUGCGGCGAUCAAUCGGCGGCCACUGCUCCGGUCCAGGACGUGAGGAUGGCUGGUGCUGCCGCCGUAUCAUCGUCCAAGGGCCGCGCUCUACGGCACACACUGUACGGCUGGGCGGCUCGCCAGGCCCUGCCGCUGCUGCCGUGGCUGUGCGAGGGGACGCGCGCGCUGAUUUCGGAGGAAGUUGAACAUGUCCAGCAGGGCGCCCCUAGUCGUACGAUCAUGGACGAGCAAGGCACUUACGGCAGGAGGGGAGGCCGCGGGGCUUACCCGGAUAGAGAAAUAGGGGGCCUAACAGUGCGGAGGAGGUAUGUAGAGUUUGUGGAGAGGUUUGCGGGUGUGCGUAUGGUGGAUGGUGUGGAUUUGGGAGGGGGCUUUGGGGAGGUACCGAUCGUUGCUGUUGGGACGAUUAAUGACGGCUUUGGCCCGGCUGGUUUCGGCUCGGACGAUGAGGAGCCCAUAUUCUUGUCUCCCUUUCAGCGCCGACUCCGCGAGCGGGGGGGUCUGUUCGGAUAUGGUGGUGGAACCCUCGGAAUGCUCAACAGUAUGGCCUUUAGCAGCCUGAGCUCCGGCCUUACGCUACGUCACAUGCGCGCUGCCGCUGGCGGCUCAGCUACUGCGACGGCCGGCAACAGCAACGCCACUAACAGCGAUACCAGAGGCGACAGCAACAGCAUAGGCAGUGGUGCUGCAGGCGGGGCGGACGGGGGUUCUAGCGCUGGCCUGCUGCAACCUAGGCAGAUAGGCCUGCUGGACUUGCACAAUCGCGUGAGCGACCUGACCCGUAAUCGCAUCCAGAUGCUGGAACAUAACGGCGAUGGCAGUGAUGGUAGUGGCGAAGGGAGCGGGGACAACGAGGACGAGGAUAACUGUAGGGACGAGGAGGAUGGUGGUGAUGCUGGUAAUGUCGAUGGGUUGGACGACGACGAGGAGGAGGAGGAGGAGGAGGACCUGUGGGUUUACUCGGAGGAUGACUGGGAGGGGGAUGAGGCGGAGGAGGUGUAUACCGAGUAUUUUGACGACGAGGCAGAGGAAUUCGAGGAGGAGGAGGAGGAUGGCUAUGACACCGACUCGUACAGCUGGGGCAGCUUGGCCGCGAUGGCGCCUGGAGUGGGGUUACACGGCAGCAGCAGCAGCGGCGGCCGCGGCGAUGCGGAACUCCCGCAGCGGACAGCGACUGCAGCCAACGGCAGCGCCAUCGAGUCGGCGGCAAGAGGGCUGCUGGUGGCGGAUGCCAGCCCGGAUGCAGUGCUUGGGCCGCGACCCGCCAGUGACGGCAGCGGCAGCAGCUGCAGCAGUCGGGCGAGUGGCGCGACGGACGGGCGCGGCGGCUGCGCCGGUUCCCUGGAUCUGUUUGCCGAUGAGGGAGAACCGCUGCUGGCUGCAUACCGGGCAGCUGAGGCGGAUGAGGCGCAGCGACCCAGAUCCCCGCCGAACGGCGGCCCCGGCGCCGCCAACACCGCCAGUACACCUCCCGCACGGCGGGCCAGCUCUGUGCGGCUAGACGCCACGUCAAUAGCAGGAGGCCUGGGCAACUCCGGGCGCGAGGAAGAGGGCGCGCCUUUGGAGGCUCAGCGGCAGCCGCUGGCCGCUGACGCGGUGACUCUAUCUGCCUCGGUAUAUGUGACGGAGGAGGGGGAGGGACAUGGACAAAGACACGGGCGGCCCCCCUCUGGCGUCGAAGGACGGCGUCGCAGCAGGAGCCUGUCACUCGCCUGGGCUGCGGCGCGCUUUGCACUGAGCGCGGUGCUGGUGCCGCUUCGGCUAGUCAUGUUCGUCGCGGGUCUGUCUUCUGAUGCCUUUGCCGUAAUUGCGCGGCGGCCGCCUCCGCUACGAGCGAUGCGGGUGCGGCAGCAGCUGGUGGCUUCGGCCUGGUGCAGCACGGGCACGGUGUCUGCUGCAGAGGCCCCGGUAGCAUCACCAACCGGGACGCUUGCUACGCCGUCCUUGCCGUUUUCCAUGUGGCUCCAACGGCGUCGACAACAGCGAGAGCUGGGGCUGGGACAGCAACCAGGCGGUAGCAGUCCCCCUGACAACAACGCGGUAGCGCCGGCGGCGGCGAUUACGACUGUCGAGCUGUCGUUGGCCCAGAUGGCCGUGGGGACAGCCACUGACCUUACGACGAUAGAUAUUGCAGAACAGCAUCCCUCGAGCCCUGUAGCCGCACAAGGCCAGCCAGCUCGGAGGUCUGCAGCCGGGCUCGCGACCACUGCUGCCACCGCUGGCGGUACCAGAGUCGCUGGGGGUCGUAGCCGCAGUACGCUGCCGCGGCAGCAGGCGGGGCAAGGUAUCUUAGAUAUUGAGGAUGCAGGCGCCGUACACCUCGGCAGCAGCGCCGCUGCUGCCACGGGCGACGCUCUUCAGGGCUCGCCGAUUCACCGCUGCCGCGACUUGGAUGCGGAAGAGGCUGACGGCGAGUCCACGAGCUCUGGACUUGGUUCAGACGCGGAUUUGGAUUCCGAUUCAAGUGUGUUCCGCUUUUGGCGACAGCUGGCGGAUGCUGACGUGGAGGAGCUCGUGUCUGCGGCUGGGAUCGGCUGCUCCGGCUUCAGUGGAGAGGCUUCCGAACAGGGCCCUUGCGAACUAGGGGACAGCAAGCGCCAGGCUGCGUCCCGCUGCCGCGGCAGUGGCGGCAGCGGCCACGCCGCCGCCGCCGCCGCCGCCUCCCCUACAGCAAUAGCAGCCUCAGCAGCUCGCAGUCCUCACACAGCUGGAACCCAGGAGACGGCCGGGGGACUGAGAAGUGAUGAGGUGACAACCGCGCGCAUGCGUGCGUUGGUCCAUCAGGUGCCGGCGGCGAGGCGGCCCCGCUCUGCCGCCGGCUGCCCACGACCCUUCGGCUCUGCACGCGCCCUGCUGCGCCCAAUCGCACCACCUGGGGUUCCGGAGGGCGCUGCGCGGCCUCUUCAGCAGCCACUGCCGCCGGACCAUCCAUCGACUGGGUUGGAGCCCCGAAACCGGGUAUCAGCACCGUUGGCAGCUAUCGGCGGCGGCUCGGGUGCCGACGAUAUGCAGCCGACCACCGCAACGGCGACAGGGGCAGCAGCAGGAGCGCCACUACUGCUGCGAGGGCGCCAGUACGGCGUUCCCGAAGCAAGUGAUAGGUUACAGCGCCUGCUGUUGCGCCGCGUCGCGUCAAUGGAAAACAUGUGGAACCCGGUUCAGGCUACACAGCUACCGCCGCCACGACCGGCGGCUGCGGGGGCAGCGGGAGACGAACUGGGGGGUCUGGCCGUACCGUCAUGCGCCGCCGCUGCGGCCAUGCUGUGUACGGCCGCGGUGCCGUGUUUCCCGCCGCGACUGCUCCGGCUGCCGAAUACGGAACUCGGGGUGGAGGCCCUCAACCAGCUGUCCGAGACAGGGCCGUGGCAGAGCGCUGGUGCGGGACCAGUCAGAGUUGUGGAGACGAACACAAGCACUGGCGGCCAUAGUCCGAGAUUGCGGUCCUUGUGCCCGUCGGCCUUGGCGGCGGCAGCGGGCUCCACCUUUGGCGGCAGCAGCGGCGGUGCGGGCGAGACUGAUGGAGCUCACAUAACGGCUUGGCGGAACCUAGAUAAUGGUGGUGACGACGAACGAGGGCGUGAGGCGCGGAGUGGACGGCGGCAGGUAGCGUCGUUUGGAGGCCAUCGAAGACCUCAACAGCGACAGCGGCACCAGCAACAGCGGGCGGGCCGUCAGUCGUGGGACAGCCUCGAUGAUGGCGCCGACGGGGGCGACGGCAACACCGCCUUCGACGGCCGCAGCCCUGGCCGGCAGUGGCAGUGGUGCUACUAUUACAGCGACGGCAACACCGAUGAUUACCGGGGACUCCCUGACCGGACUUGUUGCACUCUUGGGGGGGCCUCUGAGACGCACGUGAACCCGCGCCUGCCGUCGCAUCUGGGCCUGAGGCCUUUAUCAAGGGGCCCCGCUGCGGUGGCUGGGGGAGGGCAGCGGGUGGGAGGCGGCAGCGGCGCUGCCCGCGACUUGCGCCGCCUCAGUCACUGUCACCCGGCUCACCCGGUCCCGCCGUCAGUCGAGAGGGCGGGCGGGCGGGCGGUAGCGCCCGUGUACACGGCGCAAGGCCAGCAGGGGGAGCAGCAGCAGCAGCUGCAACAGUACCAGCAGCCGCGUGUCGCGACGUGUGAGGAGGAGCGACAGCUGCGGCGGCAACGGAGGCGUCAGGGGUUGGUAGAGCCGCCGCUGUCGGAGCCAAACGGCGGCCGGUUGGAUGUUUUGAACGCGCUGGGCGCCGUCGACACCGCUGCUGAUGACACGCCGCCGCACCUGGCGAUGAUUCGCAACACCAGCGCUACUCUGCGUUUCGCACGGCAGACUGGGAACGCGAGGCAUGCUGUUUCCGUGCGUAGUGCCAACGGCGCCGAAACCAGCUCCGCCUCCUUCACGUGCCCAAGGCCCGAAUUCAGGUUCACCACACGCGAGGAUGACCGGGGAGUAGCAGGAUCCAGGUCCGAAAUCCUGUCCACAGGAGAAAGGGAUCUCAGUGCUCUAGCACGGAUGAUAGCAACUGGGGCCUUUUGCAGCCCGGUGGCGGCGCCGUCACCGCCGGAAGCAACCGCCGCCGGCGCUGCAUAUACGGCACCAGGCACGUCGCCAGGUGCCGCCGGCGCCGCCGCCGCCUCCGUUGGUCAGUCCGCGCGGCGACGGCACGCCCAACAGCGGCAUGAACGCCGCGCCCUGCCGGUGCUGCCGCACCGCCGCCGCCUGGCAUCCACGGAAGCUAGCGGCUCCCUCUCGCUUGGCCAUGCGACCUUACCAGAAGGGGACUUGGAGCUGGAGGAGAUCGCGGCGUGCCUGUCUCCACGGCCGACGAUGCCGGUGGCGGCUGCGGCUGCCCCUGUGCCGCGAGACCGUCGUCGUGUGACGGUGCCGUGGCGACUCGGGGCGGCGGCGUCGAUCUCUGUGGAUGUGGGUGAGUCUGUUUCCGGCGGGGACGAUGGCGACGACGCUGGUGAUGCUUUGUCUACACCACCGCCGUUUGAGCCGCUGUAUGCGGCUGAGGAUGGUAGCGUCUUUGGGGAUGCUGGCGAUGUGGACGCCUGGGCGCAGGGCCUGCAGGUGCUCGUGUCGGACAGCGACGAGUCAGAGACUGCGCGCCCCGCCCGGUGCCGCCUUCCCCAUCCCCGCCGCUGGCUGCAUGAGCGCCAUGAGGGUCCGGUCGCUCUGCCUGGUGCCGUCAGCGUAGCUGGGCGGGGGGAAGGGGUCCGUGGAGUUCGCGGCGCAGGGCCGGAAGGUGGCUGUCCGGCGGCGGCGGGUGGCGGCGGUGCGGAGGAUGGGCAGGUGGAUGGCAGCUCUGGGGCCAGGGAUCCCAGCUACAGGAGCGAUAGCAGUGCUGGAUGGUGGCGAUUGGGACAGCAGCGGCGGCGGCCAGGAUGCGAGGAUGUGGGCGGUGCAGCAGGGCUGCUGCUGGGGCAGCGGCGGGCUUCAGGUACUGGUGUAAGUGUCGGUGGCGACGGCAGCAGCGAUGAUGAGAACGAGGAUGAGGACGGGUCGUGGAGGGAGUGGUGGGCCUUGCCGCGGGGACGUCGACGAGCCAGCGGCGGUCCGGAGCACGGCCUUGGUGGCGUCAGCCACCUGGGUGCUAGGCAGCCUGCCGCCGUCGAUAAUGAACAGCGUGGUAAAUGUGGUGGUGGAUCUGGUUGUGGUGGUCACGAUGGCAGCAGCGUGGGCACGCCACAGUCCAACUCCACCGACGUCGGGGAAGGGCAUGUGGAUAGGGAGGUGGGCAAGGCUGCUUGCGGCGACAGCAGCAUUCGUGAUGGGGCGUCGGCCCCCCAGUUGCUCAACAACGAGGACGGCGGCGCAGGCGCAGGCGUGCCAUGCGCCGACGGCGACGGCGGCGACGACAGCGAUGGCGAUGGCGACCUGGUGCAGCAGCCAUUGCUGGGUGAGGAGGGAAGUGACGACGUCGCAUCAAGGAACAGCGGCUACGGCCACGAUGUCGACGUCGACGCGAACGGCCUGACGGGAACCGGCUCGUUUGGAGCCGAAUUCGAUGACCACCUGCAAGGUCUGGACGACAUACUGGCGGACGAGCUGUACGAGCACGGGUACGGCGGGUGGGACGUCGCUGCCGGCGAGACGACGGUCGAUAGCGAUGAGGGCAGUGAUGACGUUCUACCGCCGCUGAACCGCUUGCAUUACUCGUCCACGGGCGCCAACGGCAACGGCAGCACCGAGGGCGCCGCCGUCGCGGGGGGUGGGUCUGUUACAGCACCUGCAGGCGGCCAACGGGGCUUCGGCAGCACCACUACCACUACCAUUACCACUACCACCAUUACCAACAACAACGGUAGCUGGAGCCUCGGUGGAGGGGCAACGAACACCAGCAGCGGCUUGAGCAUCUAUCGGCGCAUGGCCAGGGAGCGGCCACGGGACCGAAAUGGACCGAAUGCGGCGGCGGGUGCUUGUGGGGACGAGGAUGAUACGUAUGGCGGCGAGUCCGACUCUUCAGGCGGCAGAUCCUCCCCGCGGAGCUUGCCGCCUCUCCUGUCGAACUCCGACACGCCGCGUGGUGGCGGCAGCAGCAGUAGCAUGAGCACCGGUAGCAAUCAUUCAGACAGUACGCCUUCGCUGGUGCACUCUGAAACCAGCUCAGAUGGCGAGCCGUCCGGACAACGCCGUCGGCGUUUUGCCUGGGUGGAGAGCCAAGGCAACCAAAGCUCCCAACGAUGGCCGCAACGGCCGCCAGCAGCGGCGGCCGCGGCCACGGUCACAGCCACAACGGGAACCAGGGCGACGCCACGGCCGGCCUCCGUAUCAGAUCUGCAGCGCACAGGGCGCAGGGGUCCAUCCUCCUCCUCGCCGUCGUCGUCGUCGUCCCGGCAGACGGCUGCUGCUAUAAGCUCGACAGUGCAGGCUAGAGAAGGGAUUUCCAACACCCAAUCGGGGGCCGAGACGUCGUGGGCCGCCGCCAUGGAAGCCUUACUGCGAGCACUCCUUGAUUUUCGUACAGUUGCAAGCGGUGCCGGCGGCGGUGCCAGCGGCAACUCCGCUGAGUCGUCGGCUUGGUCGCUCGGCUUGGAGCCGGUGUCUGGGCUGCGGGGACAGCCGACAGCGGCGACGGCGACGGCCACCGCAUCCUUCAGCGGUCUGCUGCGGCCGCGGACCCCUGCAGCUUUCAGCGGUGGCGGUGGCAGCGGCGGCGGUGGCGGCGCCACAUCACAGAUCGUGGCGUCUCUCGUCCGCAUUCCGGCCGACAUGUUAAUUAACGUGCCGCAUGGCUCCGUAGUCAGCAUUACGAUACCCGCUGGGGGGUUUAGGGGUGCCGGAGCUGGCGGCGGCGGCGGCGGCGGUGGUACGGCCAGCACCUCAGGCAGCGAUCGCCCGGGUGGUGACAGCAGUCCGAGCACCACAGCCACCACAACAGCCGCAACGACCAUAACUUCCGCCGGCACAACCACAACCACUGCUGCGCGAAUCCUGCCCAUUCAACUUGGGGGCAUGUCGUCGUUUCCUUUGUCCUGGCGAAGGUACCUGCCGCCGGAAGACAGCGACGGCAGCCAUCCCAAUGACCGACCGGGGUUGCCGGGGUCCUACGAGGAGCAGGACAUCCCCUCCUGGGCGGUGCGAUUUGCGCCGCCGCGGGUGACGGCAGCAGGAGCAGGGCGAUCUGAGCUGAGCGACGCGCCGUUGCGGAUCGCGGAUGGCGGCGCCGGCCCCGGCUCCGCCGCCGCGGCCAAUCUUGCAUCUGGGAGGGGACUGCAAGGUCCUGUUUCGGAGCAUGAUGGCGAUGCAGGAGGUACGGGGCCUGCCAACCUCGCAGCGACGUCUCCCGGCUUCCCGACUCUAUGGGAGGACUUUUCAUUCUCUUUCGUAAAUGAUGACGAUGGCGAUGGCGAUGGUGAUACUGACAAUAGUCAUGAUGAUGAUGAUGGUGAUGAUGAUCAUCAUGAUGACGAGGAGGAGGAGGAGGAGGAGGAGGAAGAAGAAGACUACAACGGCGAGGCUGAGCACGGCCAGGACAGCGACACUGAAAGCUUUCCAGACAGCCUGCCGGACCUCAUCCCGCUGGACGUGCUUCUGGGCGCCUCCGGCCUGGCGCAGCAGCUCCCACAGCCUCCCCCUGAACCUCCCGCCGCCGGGGCGGCUUCAAGAGGCCUUGCCGCGGUUGGCGAGUUAGAGGCGGCAGGGGACCAGGGAUCUGGAGGAGACAGGGAGCCGGCUGAAGGAGCGGACGGGGCUUUCGGAGGCGUGGCAGCCGGUAUUGAGCGCGACGGCGGCGCUGGCCCGGCUGGUCCGGCCGCUGGCGACGGCAGCUCUGUGGCUGAACAGAUCCACUCUGCUACUGCUCACGAGCCGCAUGAACACGGAAACUCGCCGGGUGAAGGCCGGGAAGGCGGCCCGGCGCGGCAGACAGUCGACGCGGGCGCAGUCCCCCCCAACGCUGCAGGCUCCGCGGCUGGCCCACGCGGCCUGAAUACGGUGUCAAGGUACGCCGGACCCCUCAUGGAUGGCGAUGACACGGACGAGGGGAAUGUGGCGGCGGCCCCGGGGGGGGAUCCGGGAGAAGGUGGAGGCGGAGGCGAAUUGAGGACCACUGGCGGCACUGGGGUAAUGGCGCCGGCGCCGGCGGCAGCCGCAGCAGGGCCGCGGCCGCCGGGCACGGUGCCCGCCCGACGCAACGCCGUGGCCUACCCCCGCAGCGUGCUGCUCAGCAUGCUGGAGGCGCUUCGGUUGGCUGAGACCGCCGUGGGCAACGCGAUGCAGGAUAAUGGAGCCCGGGGGGUAGCCGGCAGUGGCAGUGGCGCCGGCGAUGCCGCCGCCGCAGCCACUGCGGCGACACGUGCGCCUGGCCUGGUUGCACUCGGCUCGCCGCCGCCGCCGCCGCCGCCGCGCCCGGCUCGCCAUGUCGCGGCCGCCGCUGCACUGCUCCGUGAUGGGGCCUUCGUGGCGCAGCUUUUGAAUGAAUUGCCGGAGAUCCACGCCAUGGGUGUCUUUGGUCUUAUUACGCAGCUGGUAAACGCGGGCGCAAAGCCUCGGGUUGUCAGCCUGCAAAAUGGUGAAGCAGAUGGUCGGCCGGAUAACCUGCUGCUGGUUGACGCCUUCAAUGUUUUGUACUACCUGGUAUCAAAGAUACCAGAUGCCAUCGACUGGAAGUCUACUGAAUUCCAUGGCCAGCUUUACCAGGAGACUUGUCGCUACUUUGGCGGCCUGCAACGCAGCGGCCUGCGUUGUGUCCUCAUCGCCGACUCGGCCACAGCCCCUCGCCAUGAGCGCCUGUACACCGAGAGCACGCGCCAUGCCCUCACCAUCGGCCAGGUCAUUCCUCCCACCGCCGAGCUGGUUAUGUUUCAGGCCUGCCGCGAUUUGGGUCUGGAAAUCAUCCGCAGCGUCCACUCUGCGGAUGACCUCCUGUUAGCUUGGGCUCACCGUCACCGCGACGCCGUCUUCGCCGUUCUGUCCAAGGACUCCGACUUCCUCGUGCUCGGCGUCCCAAAAAUCGUACAUCCGCAGGACGUCAUCAUCGACGCGCGCUGCGUCUGCCUCCACGUAUGGUCCACCGAAGACGCCUGGCGCGCCUGGCACAUGGCCGCGGCGGGUCCCGCAGGCGCGUAUAUGCCACCCCUGCUUCGCCGUGCGCAGGUCGCGGCGGUGCUGGGUAACGACAUGGGCAUGGACCUGCGGCACCGUCUGAUGCGCCACCGUACCGCUGCUUUCUCAGGUGCAGGCGGCGGCCUCCGCCCCGGCGUCGUGCCACCCAUUAGUCCCGGCGCUGCAGCACGUGCUGUCGUACACCUGCCGUCAAACGUGAAGCACCUGGAUGUGAAUUUUUUCCGUAAGCGGCCCAUCAGCUUGCGGGAAUUUAGCGAAGAUGACUUGACCCAGAUUAACGACAUCGUCCAGGCGUAUUUGGAUCAGGACCGCGCGGCGCGGGACGGCAGCAUCCUCCGAGAUCUGACGCUGACGGAGGCAGCGCUACCUUGGCUGGAUCCUGCCGUGGCGAACCGCUUUAUGGCAGCAGGUCCGCUGCCGAGCUUCUUAGCAGAAAUCUCUUGCCGUGGCCUGGCGACGAUGACUCUGGUAGACCCAUUCUGGCAACAGCUGCGGGUGCUGCGCCGCGCGGUGGCAGAAGCGCUGUUGGACGAGCGCGCCCCGGGCGCGGCGUUCGAAUACGAGCCGUCGACGAACACGCUGCACCCCCUUACUGGGGGAAGGGCGGCGACGGUGGAACGGAGCGUUGUCGAUUGGUUCCAGCCCAAAGUGCACCUGCCGGAGUUGCCUGUUGUUGAUGCUGCUGCGGCGGCGGCGAAGCCGUCGCCGCAGCGGCAGGCGACGCUGCAGCAGACGGUGACAUACCUACGGGAGAUGGAACCGGAGCUGCCGGCUUCGCUGGCUGUCGUAUAUUCGCUGAUGCUUCACGCCGUCGACCCAGAUCCUGCGGCGUGGGACGAGCAGGCGGUUCGGGAGGUGCUGGUGCCGGGGGUGCCUCCGCGGUCGGGCGCUGACGCGCCGCCGGCAAUGGUGGCGGCGGCCGUGGAGGCCGACGAGGCUGACGCGGCGGCGGCGGCGGUCGGUCUACGCACCACCCUUAUUGAUGUGGGCAGCGCCCUGAAUGAGCGGGACUGGAACGAUAUUGAUGACAAAGAGGUUGUUGGCCAGGUGCGCUCAGGUGGUGGCUACAAGCUGCUCAAGGAGAUUCAGCCGUGGGACCAGCUAGCGGCAGUCAGGGGACGCAGCGGGGCCGCGGCUAUGGGGGGCAACACGCUGUUUGCCCUGGCGCGUCGGGCGCUGGAGGCUGGUCCGAGGUCGUCGGAGUGGGCGGCGGCGCAGGACCUCCUAGACAUGGUGGACGAGCAUCUGAAGGGAGCGGAGCGGCAGCCACAGCGGCUAAGGGCCAGGCCCCUCCACGUCAUCCUGUCCACCCCCACGGGUAGCGGCAAGACCUUCACAGCGGUGAUGUUGCACUUGCACGUGCUGAGGGACAUGGAGCGCCCCGUAGCGGGAGCGACGGGGCGAGGAGGAGCAGGGAAGGGAGGGGCGGCAGGAGCAGUGGAUGCGGUGGCUGCGGAGGGGAGGACGGGGCAUCCACAGACGAUCCUGGUGUACUCGGUGCCCACUAAGCAGGUGCUCAAGCGCGUGGGUCAGGAGUGUGAGGCGCACGGGGUGGUGUACUGGACGGCGGCACGUGACGGGGACUUCUUCCAGGUCCGGCGUCCGUACUCGAUUCGUACGAAGCGCGGCGGCGGCAGCACGGGCGCGGGCACCAUGCGACAGCAGCUGGAGGAAAACGCUAAGCGGGGUGCGACGAACGAGGAUUUGGGUGGCGGCAAACCCGAUGUCAUCAUCGCGGACAUCUAUGCAACAGCGGCGCUCGUCCAGGUCGCAUCAGAGGCUCCCCAUGACGCGUUUUACCGCUCGUCAAAUCUGGUGCUGUAUUUGGACGAGCCAAACAUGGGCAUCCACCUGGACAAGGAGGUCCGGCAAGUCGUGCGUCAGAUCAUGUCCUUUGCUCCCCCGACCACCAUCCUGGCCUCAGCCACCCUGCCCGGUUGGGACGACCUGCCGGCCUGGUGGAAGGGAAGCGGGGCAACCGCGGCCACGCACGCCGUCAUCACGCAGGAGCCGUACGAGUUGCCCACGUGUCGGCUUACCGUCCUUGAUGACGUGUCCGGACAACUAGUGCCCGUAUCCCCCCUGGAGCUGUUCGACGAUGUGGGUCAGCUGGCGACCACCCUGGAGAGAAGUCCACGAGCCAGAGUGCUGUUGCUGCGUUACUUCACGUCCGAGCAGGCCAACCAGCUGUUAGGGCUGGAGGCGGGAGCACCGGCGGCAGCGGCGAACAGAUCGGAGGCGAAGGCCAGUCCUGACGGGAAGAAGGCGGGAGCGGCAGCUGUGGCUAAUGGCAGCGGCGGGACGGCGGGGGCGGAGGAGGAGGGGAAGGAGAAAAAGAAGAAGGAAAAGAAAGAGAAGAAGAUUAGCAAGAAAGGAAAGGAAGAGGAACCGGACGAACGAGGUCAGGAGGUGCAGGGAGAGGAAAGAAAGGAGCAGCCGCAGCAGCAGGAGGAGGAGGAGGAGCAAGAGCAGGACGAAGGGUGGAAGAUGCUGGACCUCGACGUUCGUGGCCUCCGGUCCGAGCUGCUGGAGCCCGCGCUGAGGGCUCUGAGCACUCAGCCGGACAGGUUCCAGGAGCUGAGGGAGGCCUGGAGGCAGCCGGCCGUACCCGCACCGGGAGACAUGCGGGACGUGCUGUCCAAGCAGGGAGUGACACUGGUGGCCACUAUGGAGCCCAGGAAACUGGCGCUGAAGCUCGCAGGAAAAUCUCCCGCCGAUCAGGAGCGCUGGGCGGCGGAGGCGCAUGCUCUACGCGCCAAGGUGCGCGAGGCCGCUGCCGACAAGCGCGCUGCCGACAAGGCGCGCGAGCGCGCUGCCAAGCGCGGCGACGAGGAGGGCGGUCGCGCGGGUGUGCGUGAUGACGGACUGAGCGGUGCCGGUCGUGUGGCGCUGCGGCCGGGUUUGACGGUCUGGGCUGACGAGGCGGAUGACGUGACGGAUGUUGACACGCUUGUGAUGCUGUCCAAGGGUGUGGCGUACACGGCCAGUAAGGAUGUGGAGCCGCUGGUGAAGCGGUUGUACCAGCAGGCGCUGUUGUACGUGCCCGAGCGGGCCGGAACCCGGCCACCGUUGCACACGCUCGUCGUGGACUAUUCGGCGGUGUACGGCACGGACUGCCCCGCCGUCGACACCAUCAUCCUGUGCAGCGACCUGGCGGAGCACCUCAGCUGGGAGGACCACCAGCAGUUCAUGGGUCGCCUCCGCCGCGACGGCACUGUCAUCUACCCCUCAAUGGGCCUUUUGCGGCGGGCCGUACUGGGCGGCGGGCGGCAGCAGUGGGCAGAGCGCGAGGGUGGGCGCCAGGAGCAGCAGCGCCGGCAGGUGGAGGAGGUCCUUGAUCGGCACGUAGCGCCGACGACGGAGGGAGCAGCCGCUGACGCCACCAAGGCCGCGACCCGGGAGCUGCUGCGGCUGGUCCGACCUGGUAGCUUGUCGCGGGCUGACGUGGCGAGUCUCGUACUGAUGUACGCACUGCGUGACGUGGUUAGGGUAUCCGCCGGCAGUGGUGCUACCCAGCUUUGCGCAGCGGCGCUGCGGCGGCUGAAGCAAUGGGGACCAUUGAAGCCGCUGCAGCUGCUGGAGUUCCUUAAGCUGAACCGAGCGGCAGAGCAGCGUCGACUGGUUUCGGCGCUGGAGGAGCUUUGCAUGGCCCCCGCAGGGCCCGACAGUACAGCAGCCUUGUUGCCGUGCGCCGGCAGGCUCUUGCAGCUGCUGGCGGAGGAGGAGCUCGUGGAGGAGGAGGGAAUGGCGAUGUGGUGCGAGGCGGCGGCGGCGGCGGCACUGCAGGGCCCCGCAGGUAUGAGUGGGGCCGCGUACAGGUGCUGUGCUGCCGCGAGUUCGGCAACUGAGCAUUCGGCGGCGCCGGGACUCCCAUUGCCCAGUUGCCCUUUGUCGUUGCUGUCGCUGUUCGGUUGGCCUCCGCCGGUGUUACUGUUGGCAGUGCUGCCACCGCGGGUGCUGGGGGCGUCGGUGGCACUUCCACCAGCACCACUACCUCCGCCAGCUCUGUCUCCCGUGGUGCCGAGCAUGUUGACUGUGAUUUUGCACAAGCGCGAGCGUCGGGCGCCCUCCUUCCUACGACGCCAACGAAACGUCCGGCCGCCAGCCUGGCCGCGCCCGAUUCGUAUGGCCCCCCUGCACGUGACUCUACACCAUCACGUGCGCACCAACUGGAAGGGUGACGACGUCCGCCUCUACCAACCCUUCCGGGACCACUUCCACUUGACAUGCCUCAUGUCCACCGCGAAUCCAAGACUCACCGAUAAGAUGGAGGCGUUCUACAUUGCUCAGUAUAACUGCCUUGGGCCGGACGGCUACAAUGUGCUGCGCGGGCCUCCUUCCGCCAGCCCGACCUUCUACACGAUGACCCAAAAACGUGCUGGUACCGCACACACGCCCGCCGCCGCAUUACAAGAGACCGCCCAACUGACGCUUACGAUGCCGAGAAGCGGGGGGCACUUGGACGCUUUGACAGGAACCCCGGUUGCACGGGCGACUGCUGUUGCAGGGCCCAAGCAAACACAGACCGGAAUGAGGCUGGAGGAAUGA